AUGACGAGCGACUCCGCGGAGUUCCGAUUAGCCAUACGCACUUGUAGAAUCGGUACUUGUCGCGCGCAGCACGCUGGAAGGGCGUGCCCGUUUCCGCAAUAUCUGAACAAGCCACAGGCACACGCCUCCCGUUCUCACGCGCUCGCCAUCCGAUCUCCUCCCCGCGCCAUCCGUUCUCCUCUCCCCGCCUCCCGCACUCCUGUCCCCGCCUCCCGUGCUCCUCUCCCCGCCUCCCGCACUCCUUUCCUCGUCUCUCGUGCUCCUCUCCCCACCUCCCGUUCUCCUCUCCCCAUCUCCCGUGCUCCUCUCCCCACCUCCCGCACUCCUCUCCCCACCUCCCGAGCUCCUCUCCCCACCUCCCGCACUCCUCUACCCACCUCCCGUACACCUCUCCCUUCCCUCCCAACUCCCCAACUCUUCCCAUUCUCUCCCUUGCUCUCCCUGCUCCCCUUCCCUCCCUUCUCUCCCUUCCCUCCCUUCUCUCCCAACCCUCCCUUCUCUCCCUUCCCGCCCUUCUCUCCCUCACUCUCCCUGCUUCCCUUCCCUCCCUUCUCUCCCUUCCCUCCCUUCUCGGACUUCCCUCCCUUCUCUCCCUUCCUCCCUUCCCUCCCUUCCGUCCUACCCAGAUGGACGGCGACCGAGCUUUCGAUAUGCAUGGGGGACAUGGUGGGCAUGGCAGGAAUGGAUUGGAGAGGAGGGGUGAUGGGUGUGUGGACCAGCAGGAGCAUGCAGACCAUCAAAAGGGGGUACGCGGAAGGGGGUAUGCGGAAGGGGGAAUGCGGAAGGGGGAACGCGGAAGGGGGAAUGCGGAAGGGGGAACGCAGAAGGGGGGACGCGGAAGGGGGAACGCGGAAAGGGGGAAGGUGGAAGGGGAAGGCGGAAGGGGGAAUGCGGUAG